CUGUUGUGGACGACGAGCGGAAGAGAUAUUGCAAAGAUAUCGUUUAUGGUUGAAGAUAUAAAAGAGGACAGCGAGCGGAUAGAAAGCUCUCGCAAACGCCUCCGAUUGUGGCUGCCAUGUUCCUGGUUUUGGGAGUCGUGUUGCGGCUGGGCCUGGCCGCCGGCUUGCACGGGCGGGCGGACCGCAGGACUUCUGACCGGACGACCGUCAGGCUGCUGUUGGACCCGCUGCUGUGUCACCUGACCAGCGCCCACCAAGACCACCUGGCCAACGUGUCGCUCUCGCCCUGGACCUACAGAGAAUCCAACAUGGCCUGGCGUCUCCCAAGGGUGUUGUCCAACGCCCGCUGCCUGACAAGCGGCUGUCUCGGCCAGCCGGGCGGCGGUGAAGACGCGACCUUGCAGGUCCGCCCUAUCCAGUAUCAGGUCCUGGUUUUGCACAGGGAUGGGAUCAAACGACAGAAGAAGAAGAAAAAGAAGAAGAACCUGAGCAAGAAGAAGAAGAACAAAUAUGAAUUCAGACUGGGAACAGAAAUGAUUACAGUCGGCUGCACUUGUGUGAGAAACACUUAAUAACACACACACACACACACACACACACACACACACACACACACACACACACACACACACACACACACACACACACACACACACACACACACA